AAUGAACCUUUCAGCUGUCAGAUCAAUCGUUUCAUUCUUAUCAUUAAAUGCUUUGCUCUAAAUUUAUGAGAAUCAACCAGUGGAAUUCUGGGACUCAAAUUAAAUGAUGUCACAUCCUAAACUUACUCCUAUAUUUUAAUCAAAUUAGGUAAUUAUAAACACUAUUUUAGUAUAUUAAUUUAUUAGUUGGUCUUGCUUCACUUGCUUUACUAGAUAAGAACAAUAAAUUACAUAUGAGUAAUAGUGUUUUAGUAGGAACAUCAAUCAUCAUAUAAAAUUUGAAGUAAUAUAUUAUAAUAAUCUCUAGUUUAUUUAUGCCUAAAACAAUGAAUAUGAUAACAAUUUACUUUUAACUUAUUAUAUUAAUAGUUCAGCUAUUUUAAUUGCUGUCCUUUUAUUAUGAUAAAAUUCCACCCACCAUGCCCAAAAUUAAAUAAGAUAUUAUGAAAGAAUAAAAGUAAACCAGGAAGCCAAAUCAGAGAAAGAUUGUUUCAAAUAAAAAAAAAGAGAAAUUAUAGCAAAAACAAUAAGAAUCUGAACAAAUUUAAUAGAUUGAAGGAAUAGAGCAAGAAUAAUAAGAUAAAUCAGAAGUUGAAUCUAUUGAAAAUGACUUCAAUGAAUUCAUGAAACCAUAAUCUACUGAUUAAACUGUAACAGAAAUAGAAACUGAAAAUCUUUACGAAAUCAAUCAUGCUGAUCUCUCAUAAAUAUCUUAAACAAAAGAAGAUUCAAGUAUUACUUAAUAUAAUUUCUAGAAUUAACUUUCUAAUUGAAGUUCAAUGGAGAAGUUUCUACUUUAAAUUGUACUUUUGAUACAUUCGAUUCUGCAAUGAGCAUUCUCAACUCAACACAUACAUCAGAAUAAAUUAAACAAAUCAAAAUACAUUUGUUACUCAAUCUCUAUGAUGAAAAUGAAGACUGUACUUGUAGACUCUGGUGUUUAAAGAAGCUUUUAGCACUUAAUUGAUU